GUUCAAGCUGUACUCUUGCCUACUUGAUACCACCGUCAAGAGGCACCCAGCUACCAGGUAGCUAGUAAGUCAAAAGGAAGCCCAAUUCCCACGCCCAAGAAUUUAAUUCCAUACAAUCUUCUAUAAUUACGUAUACUCGGAUAUGACAACAUUCAAGCCGUGCUCCUGCCUGUUCAAUACUACUGUCAGGGGUAGCCCAGCUACUAAGUGGCUAGUCAGUCAAAAGGAAAGCCAAAUCCCACCCCUGAGAACUCAACCCCGCACGAUCCUCUACAAUUUCAGAUAUGCCACCGCUCAGGGUAUACUCUUGCUCGCUCAAUACCACUGUCGGGGGGAAGCCCAGCUGCCAGGUAGCUGGUCAGUCAGAAGGAAACCCAAUUCCCAUGCCUGAGAAUUCAAUCCUGUACAAUCCUCUCUGAUUCUAUACACCCGGAUAUCCCACUAUUCAAGCCAUACUCUUGCUCGCUCGAUACCACCGUCAGGAGAAACCC